GAAGGUCAAACGUCUGUUUUUCCGCUCAGGUUCUUCCGGGGCGACUACACGGUGGAGGUGGCGAUCAACGACUACCUGGACAUCUACUGCCCGCACUACGAGGCGCCGGAGCCGGCGGAGCGCAUGGAGCACUACAUCCUGUACAUGGUGAACUACGACGGCUACAUGAGCUGCAGCCACUACCGCAACGGCUUCAAGCGCUGGGAGUGCAACCGGCCGCAGAGCCCCAACGGGCCGCUCAAGUUCUCCGAGAAGUUCCAGCUCUUCACGCCCUUCAGCCUGGGCUUCGAGUUCAGGCCGGGACACGAGUACUACUACAUCUCGUCUCCACAUCCCAACCUGGCUGGGAAGCCGUGCCUGAAGCUGAAGAUCUACGUCAAACCGAGCAACGACUCCAUCUAUGAAUCUCCAGAGCCCUUCCUGACGGACGACACCACCGGCGGCGGCAGCCUGGCUCUGCCGUCCGCCAUGUUGCUCUCCCUCCUCCUCAUCCUGCUCCUCGCCUCCUCGUAGCACCUCCUGCUCUCCCUCCUGCUGCUGCCGGGACAGAUUUGGGAAGCGAGUGCAGCUCCUGCUCCCUGACCUCCGACCUUUUCCUGGACGUGGAUGAGGAGUCGGAGACCGGCAGUGGGAGGAGCUGCGUCUGGAGUUUCUGACAACUUUUCUGUUAAAAAAGUAAAAACUCUGUUUCAGAUCUGAACGCUGAGGCUCCACUGACCUCCAUGUUCACAGCUGGCUGGAUUUUAUGCAUUUCAGAAAACUCUUUAAAAAAUCCAUUCAUUUUUUAAAAUCUCAUUUUGUUCAUUUUCAUGUUGAUGCCAAAGUUUUGUACGUCUGUUCUAUAAGCCCUGCUAAGGCCAUACAAGUCGUUAAUCACCUAAAACAAAAUGCAUUUUGAAACGUCGAUGUGUUUGACUCUUUUCCAUUAAAACUAACUAAAUCUUGCAA